AUGUCAUAAUUCAUAGAUUAAGAAAUAAAUGGAUAUAAGGUGUAAAAAGCAAUAGGCGAGGGUAAGUUCUCGACAGUCUACAAGGCCAUGAAUUAGGAAGGCAAUGUGAUUGCUCUGAAGAAGAUUAAAAUAUUUGAUAUGAUGGACCCUAAGCAUAGAGAGAAAUGUUUGAAGGAAGUGAAGCUGAUGUAACCGUUGGAUCAUGAGAACAUUAUAAAAUAUCUGGAUUCAUUCCUGUAUAACAAUGAAUUGAUCAUUGCCACUGAAUGGGCAGAAAGGGGGGAUUUAAAAAAACUAAUCAAAAGCGCUUAGGCAGAUGACACUCCAUUUGAAGAGGUUUAAUUGUGGAAUUACAUAUAACAAAUAGCAAGUGCUCUAUCACAUAUGCAUGAAAAAAGAAUUAUGCAUAGAGAUUUAAAACCUGCUAAUAUUUUCAUUGGGGGAGAUGGCACUUUGAAAGUGGGAGAUCUGGGAUUAGGCAGAAUAUUUUCAUCAGAAACCAUAGAAGCAUAUUCUAAAGUUGGGACACCCUUAUACAUGUCACCAGAGCUCCUCCAUGGGGAAGGGUAUGAUAUGAAAUCAGAUAUCUGGUCAUUAGGAUGUAUUGCAUAUGAGAUGGCUGAAUUCAAGAGUCCCUUUAAGCAGAGUGAUAAAAUGUCAUUAGUAGAUUUGUUCAAUAAUAUUACUAAAGGUGAAUUUAAACCUGUGUCUAAUCGGUAUAGUCAAUAGUUGCGAACUGUUAUUGAAGGCAUGAUUGUGGUUGAUCCUUCAAAAAGGUUAGAUGCAAACACCAUAUUGCAAAAAGCUAAAGAGAUGUUUUCAUCUCAUUCUGAUACUAAGAGGACUCCUCAAAUCAUUAAUGUAUUAGUUAUGGAGGACAUUUAUGAAAAGCUAUCUUUGGUUUAAUAUCAUCAAAAUUUCUGUGUCCCUUUGAAAAAGAAACCAAUUUCAAAAUAUUUCUUCUCUUUAGAUGAAAGUGUGAACUCCUCAUAUAGAUUCUACUAUUUUGUAGAUUUAUGCUAUUGGCUAAUGAAUUUACCUAAGCAGAAGAAGAAUAAAUUGGCACAGCCUAUUAAAUACAGUAAUAAUCUAGAAGAUACUGCUAGAAAACUGUUACAAGACAUUAAAGCAUGGGGUAUCAAACUGCCUGAAUAACUUGGAUCUCCUCAUAUUUCCUCUGGCUUUGGAGAUAUGGUUUGCUUCAUCCUUAAUGAUCUACUCAAUAGAGAAUUGAUAAGAGUCAAUUUUAAAUUUGAAUUACCAUAAUUUGGCGGUGAUUUAAGCAAUUCACAGGUCCCCAGUCACCAUAUCUAAUAUGACGAAUAAGAUUUUCCUGAAGAAUUAACGGAAGAGGAUCAAGAUGAAGUAGAAAAUGAUGAAUUCACACAGAGUAUACUGUUUUAUCAAAAGAAAUUCAAAACAGAAUAACCAGACUUCAAUUAGAUUCCUCAAAAUAGAUAAAUUAUCUAAACUAAAAUUGCUCUUAAUGAAUGGACUAAUGAGUAUAAUAGAGUCGAAAAGGAACUCAACAAAUUUGAAAUCAAUCUCAAAGAAAAUAAGUCAUAUCUAAAUGAUUAUCAAAGAUCUAUGAACCUUGUGAAGAAAUGCUCAAAGCAAUUAACUAUCGCAUCGUAGUACUUCAAAUCAAAUGAAGUGUAAGAUAUCCAAUAAUAAUGGAUUAAUUAUCUCGAAAUAAUACCUAAAUUAGAGACUCAAAUAACUAAUUUAAUCUAACCUGAACUUAGAGAGAUUUUAUACAAUAAUAGACAAACUAUAUCGUAAUUUGAAAUCAAAAUCAAUACUCUAAGCAAAUCAAAUUCUUCUAAAUUAGAACUUGAUUAACAAUUACAUUAAAAUAUAGUUGAUAUCCAAUCUAGAAUCCCUACCCUUAAUGAUAAUAGACCUAAAUAAAGGUAAAUUAUCAAUUAGUUAAAAAGCGAUAUCAAUGAUCUGAAUGUUAAAAUUGGUAUUUUAUAGACCUAAUUGACUAAAUCGUAUUCCUACAGUAGUGGAUAACUUUCAGAUGAAGAAGACUUUUGA